GGAAAGCGGCCACGACCUCCCCGGCCUGAACGAUAUGCCCUGUGCUCGGGGCAGGAACCUGGAGGAGCAUGGCGCAUCCGGCGUGACGGACCAGGAGUUGCCCAGCUGGCCCGAGCAAGACCACGUGGAGAUGCAGAUGAAAGUGGACUUCUUCCGCAAGUUGGGCUACUCCUCCGAAGAGAUCUUGGUCGUCCUCCAGAAGCUGGGCUUGAACGCGGACACCAACACGGUCCUGGGGGAGCUGGUGAAGCACGGAAUGGCAGCGGGGGAGCGGGACCCUGCCGACGCCUCUCAGGAAGCCCCCGAGCCACCGGUGGCCCCCCAACACAGGAGCCCUAUGCCUGCCGUGCCUUUGGAGGGAAAGGAGGGCGACAACCUGCGGCCUGUUGUCAUAGAUGGAAGUAACCUAGCUAUGAGCCAUGGGGAUAAAGAUGUCUUCUCUUGCCGAGGCAUUCUGCUGGCCGUGAACUGGUUUCUGGAUCAAGGACACACAGAUAUCACUGUCUUUGUGCCCUCCUGGAGAAAAGAGCAGUCGAGGCCGGAUGUUCCCAUAACAGAUCAGCAUAUCCUGCAUGACCUGGAAAAGAAGAAGAUCCUUGUCUUCACGCCUUCACGGAGGGUGGGGGGCAAGCGAGUGGUUUGCUAUGAUGACCGCUUCAUUGUCAAGCUGGCCUAUGAGUCGGAUGGCAUCAUUGUGUCGAAUGACACAUACCGAGACCUGCAGACGGAGCGUCCUGAGUGGAAGAAGUUCAUCGAAGAGCGCUUGCUGAUGUAUUCUUUUGUCAAUGACAAAUUUAUGCCUCCAGAUGACCCGCUGGGGCGACAUGGCCCCAGCCUGGACAACUUCCUGAGGAAGAAACCAGCGCUGCCCGAACUCAAAAAGCAACAGUGCCCAUAUGGCAAGAAAUGCACAUAUGGGAUCAAAUGCAGGUUCUAUCACCCUGAGCGCCUCCACCACCAGCAGCGCUCCGUUGCUGACGAGCUGCGAGCAAACGCCCGGCUGUCUCCCACCAGGAGUGCCACUGCUGCUACCAAGGAAGAGGGGCUGAUGCGGCGCCCUGUCCAGGCUGAAUUCCUGAGUCCUGUGCCCCUCGAGGGUGAUAAGGUCCCCUUAAUGAAAGUCUCCAUGGAGAAGAAAAGCUUGGCCUCUAAAGCCAAGCAUGGAGAUGUAUCACCCUUUUUGUCCAAAGGUGGAAGUAGCUCAUUGGGGACCCCUGCUGGUAGCAGCAGCAGCUACCGGCCUCCAGAGUGGUACCAGCCACCACCCAUCUCUCCCCACAUGGACUCCCUCUCCUAUGUGUCUCAGGACUGUCUUGACUCUGGCAUCGGCUCCCUGGAGAACCAGCUGUCUGAGAUGUGGCCCAGCCCUUUGGCCAGCCACGGCAAGCACUCCCACCCGGAUCACCUGGGAAUGACCACCCAUAGAGGGCAGCCCUACCAUCCACCACCCGGCCCUGAGUCCAACAGCUACAGCCACUAUCAGCCUCACAGCUAUCCCAAGCCUGUUUCAGCACCUAGCUCCAACACCAGCUUCUUGCAGUACAGCACAGAUUUGCCACAUGCCAGAGCGGCCCACUCCUUUUCCAGUUACGGCAUGCCUCCCGACUCUGGCGCUUCUCUCAGCCCGGGGCAGAAGUAUUGGUCCGAGCCUUACCAGCAUCCCCCUGCAGUGCCCCGAGAUCUGCCUCGAGCCCCCCAGCGGACCUACAGCGACUCCUGCCAGUGGGUCUCGGCGGACCGCUUUGCUGAAGAGCGCGCCAACGUGCACGUCAAGCUGUGUGGGAUCUUCCAUCCUCACCUGGUGGAUGCUGUCAUGAACCGCUUCCCACAGCUGUUGGACCCACAGCAGCUGGCUGCUGAGAUCCUCACUUACAAGUCCCAGAACCCCAGGGUGUGAGAGGCAGCAGAUCCUGAAGAUGAGUGUCUCCUAAGCAGUGCCCUCGGGAAGGUGGUUACUGCCACCCCAGAGGCCUUGAGAAAUCACUGGCCUCUUCUGAUGCGUAACCACUUUGGGUUGCAUUGUUAAGCAGCCUGGGUCAUCACUGAGGGAGCCCCCAGCCUUUCUGUGAGUUAGGAAGGAUGGGAUGGGAACUGUUCCAGUGAACAUCUUCUGAGGAACAGGGUUGCUGAUUGCUGGAUUUUUGGGGGACUUUCUCGAAUGCUAUUUCUCUGCAGUUCCUGAAAUGAGGACAUUUGUGGAAGACCAACUAUGAACUGGCCUCACCCUUGCAACAGAGGGAAAGGGUAAACGUGUGUGUGUGGGGUCUGACCUUGUGUAAGAUGCUGGUUUUUUAGUCAAUGACUAGUGCCAUGUUUGGCUGGAUCUUGUUGGGCCUUUCUGCUUGCUGUGCAUAAGAGAUGGCACAUGGGCAUUCAAGGGUGGGAUCUGGGCUUUCUCAUUCUUUUUCACAAAGGUUUUGGAAAGGCAACUAGUUCCUUGCUUCUGGAUAUCAAAGCCCAUCUCCCCUUGCUGAAGUGCCUUUGGGCAAGACACAGAAUUUGAAUCCAGCACACACAAUUCCAUGUUCCAAGAAUCUCAGCUUUCUCUUCAAGUGAAAAAGCCUGUGCUUCUAGCGCUGUAACUACAGGAUAAUGUUUGCUAGAAAUAAUGUUUAAAGUACUUGGAGAGACCUUCUCACAUGUGUCUCUGAACACACCCACACACUCAGGGUUGUAGGGUUGCUAUACUCUGCAUCGGAAAUAAUAAUAAUUGUGUGCUGUCAAAUUGCAACUGACUUAUGGCACCCCAUGAAGUUCCUCCUCAUGGAUUUUUCAGGGCAAGAAGUAAGUCGAGGUGGUUUGGCCUUGCCUUUCUCUGCAUAACAAGUCCAGUUUUCCUUGGUGGCCUCCCAUCCAAGUACUAACCAGGGCCGACCUUGCUUGGUUUCCAAGCUCUGACAAGAUCAGGCUAUUCAGGCUGCUCCUAAUCCAUCAGUAGGUGAUCUAUGCAAAGCAGACUACCCAGUUUCAAGCAUCUGUUCCAGUUGUGCUGAAUGUUGACAGCCAGGAUUCUCAUUUGUUGCCUUCUCUGGACUCGGAUCCUUGAAAGGCUCCUCUCUUUUCUUACAAGACAGCCCCUGUUGAAAAAUUUGGCUUUUAAGAACCUCUGGGCUUCUAGUGGGGCUGGAGAGGAAGUGGGAAGGGUGCUACCUGCCUGCAGCUUUGGAGGGCACUCUAGAGUACCCUAGCAAUUGUGCAGCUAGCAAAGCACAGUGAUGGAGGACUUAAACAGUAGCAGAGGGAUAAAAAUGGUUUUUUCUGAGACUAGUUACAAGAGCAGGAAGCACCAAGGGCACUCUGCCUCGAGAAAGUUCUGCUUCCUUCCGACCCCAUUCCACUUGCAGACUUUCUCCUUAGUUAGGAGAAGAUGGAUUUAGUUUAUACUGUUCAGGGCUAUUUUUGCAGCAGGAACUCUUGCAUAUUAGGCCACCCACCCCUGAUGUAACCAAUCCUCCAAGAUCUUACAGUGGGCCCUCUAAGAAGAGCCCUGUAAGCUCUUAGAGGAUUGGCUACAUCAGGGGGGUGUAGCCUAAUAUGCAAAGGAGUUCCUGCUACAAAAAAAGCCCUGCUCCUGUUGGUUCGGUCUUGACCAUUAAGUCCACUACUAACAGUGGACUAAGGGGAGCCUCCACGUUCAGGGGCAGUAGUCCUCUGAAUCCUGGUGCCAGGAGGCAGCAUGAGGGGAAGCCCUCAGCCUCUCUGCCCUGUUGGCCCUCCAUAGUCACUGGGUGGCCACUGUGUGAGACUAAAUGGGCCACUGAUCUUAUCCAGCAAGGCUCUUCUUAUGUUCUUAUUAACAGUUCAAAGUUUUUUUAAAAAAAUUACUUUUUAAGCAAUUGAUUCUGGUUCCUGCCCUUUUACAAAUGUCCGGUUCACUUGCAGGCCAGGAGCAGUUGACCUGUUGAUGCACAUUGUAUCCUUCUGUAUACGUUACGUAUUCUCUUAAAACGGUCCAUCCUGUGACUGAAGCUGAAACUGUCCCAGGUGGCACGAAGAGGGGGGAGGAGCGGAGCAUGCUCUCCUGAGCUGCUGUGGGAUGCUGCUCCUUCCCUCCGUCGUGCACCAGGUGUUCAGGUCAGCCACGCUAGCACUGUGUGCUGCGGGAAUCACAUGGACCCAGAAAAUGCUGUAUGUCCGGUUAAGUAUGAUAACACCACAAAACUGUGAUGUUUCAUGGUAGUAAGCAAAAUGCUUUUAAAAUUGUAAACCUUAUAACUUCGCACCUUUUUUGUAAAUUACAGAAGAGAUUGUUUUUACUGGUAUUGUAUUAUAUACAAAAGCUGCCUCUGCUGUUGCUGGGAUUCCUUUGUUCCACUCUGGCUUGACCGUCCCAGGUCAAGCUCAUGCCAGUUCGGGGCUGUUGUCCAGCAACUGGAGGCUGAAUUAAAUAAUUUAAAAAAUAACUAGGACAAUGAACACAUCUUGAAGCUUGAUGUAUCUUUUUAAAAAGAUAUUUUUAAAAAACAGACUUCUGACUCUCCCUGAAGCAAUUUAUGAUUGUGUUGCUUAAAUAAAAAAUGCUGGUUGCUUA